AUGUUACCAAUACUGUCAACUGACCGACUCGAACUUGUUGCUGUGACCGAUGAACACUUGCCAUUCGAAAUUGAGAUGGAUACCAACCCUGAAGUUAUGCGCUACAUCAUAGGGAGGCCGCGCACUGAAGACGAAGUCAUCAAGUCGCACGAAAAGCGAUUGUCUCUAGUCACCGAGUCCCCCGGUCGAGGCUUUUGGGUUGGUCUGCUCGACAAUACCCCGAUUGGCUUGUGGAUGUUGUUACCAUCACAAGGACUUGAACAGAGUAGAGAAGCAGAGCUGGGCUACCGCCUUCUUCCGCAGUUUUGGCACCAGGGUUUUGCUUCGGAAGGUGCAAGAGCCUUAUUGAAUCAUUGCUUUGCCGGGCUUGGUCUUGACAGGGUCUACGGGAAGGCAAUGGUUGCCCAUACUGCUACCAGGGCGAUAUUGAUCAAAAUGGGAAUGAAAUAUAUUCGGGAUUAUAGUGAAGAGAUUGAAGGUUCGGAUCAAGAAGUAGUGGAGUACGCAAUCACUCGUGACGAGUGGGAGAGCCAGCACAAAUGA